CACUCGGGAGACAAAGGCAGUGCCAUGCCGUGCCGGCCUUCAUAGGUGCCCGCUAACACCACUUGCCCCUACAGGUUGUUCAGGCGAUACGCGGGAUAUGUUUAAGUGUAUAUGUUUGUGUAUAUGCAGCAACACCAGGACUACGACACUUGGCCACUGAUGAUCGACGCCAUGCCCAACGUCCAAGCCCCCCAAGAUCGAUUCCAUCUCGUCUGGAUCAUCUUCUUCAUUUUGGGCUUGGGAACUCUGCUGCCGUGGAAUUUUUUCGUUACAGCCUCAGCGUACUUCGGGGAUCGGCUGAAAAGCGUGCAGAUCGAGAGCAGCAUCAACGGCAGCCUCGCCAGCAACUGGAGCCUCGCCGCAAACGGCACCCAGCAAGCGAAGGAGACGCACGGCGUCCUCGCGAAACACUACGAUGGAGCCAUGACGCUCGUGUCCAUGGUGGCCAUCUUCAUCUCCUCCGUCCUCACCACCCUGGUGCAAUCGACAGUGUCUGCCAGGGUACGCAUUUUGAUUGGCCUGACCGGAAACCUGGCCAUGUUUGUGCUGACAGCAGUGCUGGUGUGGGUCAAGAUGCUGUCCCCGGAAGAUUUUUUCAUCAUCACCAUAAUAAGCGUGUUCAUCAUCAAUGUGUUUGGUGCGAUAUUUGAGACCAGCCUCUUCGGCCUGGUGAGUCAGUUCCCCACCAGCUACACGACGGCCCAGAUGAGCGGCAUGGGCAUAUCCGGAAUGUUGACGGCCCUGGCCAUGAUCUUCGCUCUCCUCGGUAACAAAUGUCGGAGGCACGACAUCACAGUGGCAUUGGGAAGGGGUCCAAGCCAAAAGUGGGAUGCGUUGGCCCGGGGACGGUGGGUGGAGGGUGUGGAUGGAGGAUUCAACGUCAACUGUGAAACCCGCUGCUCCCUCUCUAUCCUGCAGGCAGCAGCGACAACUCGGUGGCGUUCUGGUAUUUCGUGACGGCCUGCGUCAUGACCACGAUCACCAUCUUGUGCUAUUUGUCGCUCUCCCGCCUG